AUGGAUGAGAAUGCUGAAGUCACUAUGUCAGAUCUCUCUGCAGGGCCGCCAGUUGAUUCUUUGGACGGUAUGAACGAUGUGCGAACCCAGCCGAGCAAAGUUGCGUCUACUCAAUCUUAUGACAGUCCUCAGAGACACCGAAGACGAAACCCAAGAGCAAUGCGUCCGGUGAAGGAAACACUGGACGCCCGCUCCGAGUACUACACAAGUCGAGAUGAUGGAACUGCGGAACAUCGCAUCAAUCAAUAUGUGAUUAAGCAGGAGAUCGGACGUGGAUCGUUUGGAGCUGUCCACCUGGCUGCAGAUCAGUUUGGCAACGAAUAUGCAGUCAAAGAAUUCUCGAAAUCAAGACUAAGGAAACGCGCACAGUCACAUUUAUUACGAAGACCGCGAGGUCCGAUACGCCCCGGAACAGAUUUCAAUUCGCCGCUGCAUCGACAUCCUUCAGGCGAUGAUAACGAGACUGCACACAAUCCUCUAUAUCUGAUCAAAGAGGAGAUUGCAAUCAUGAAAAAACUGAACCACCAUAAUUUGGUGUCAUUGAUUGAGGUCUUAGACGAUCCAACGGAGGAUUCGUUAUACAUGGUAAUGGAAAUGUGCAAAAAAGGUGUUGUCAUGAAGGUUGGACUGGAAGAAAGGGCAGAUCCGUAUGAUGACGAACAGUGUCGAUGUUGGUUUCGCGAUCUAAUCUUGGGAAUCGAAUAUUUGCAUGCGCAGGGAAUUGUCCAUCGAGACAUCAAACCAGACAACUGUCUGGUUACCAACGACGAUAUACUGAAGGUAGUCGACUUUGGUGUAUCGGAGAUGUUUGAAAAGAAUUCCGACAUGUUUACUGCCAAAUCAGCUGGCUCACCAGCAUUUCUCCCGCCAGAGUUGUGUGUUGCCAAACAUGGUGAUGUAUCCGGAAAGGCAACCGAUAUCUGGUCUAUGGGAGUAACACUCUAUUGUCUGCGGUAUGGAAGGUUGCCCUUUGAAAAGCAAAGCAUCUUCGAGCUGUACGAUAGUAUCAGGGGAGAUCCGCUGGUCUGUGAAGACGAGUCGGAUGAGGGAUUCAAAGAUCUGAUGAGGCGGAUUCUCGAGAAAGACCCCGAAAAGCGCAUCAAUAUGUUUGAGUUACGAGCGCAUCAGGAACACCCUUGGGUAACCAGAAAUGGGACGGAUCCUCUACUCUCAUUUGAGGAGAAUACGUCGCAGAUUAUUGAGCCCCCAACGGAGGAGGAGAUGAAUUCCGCCAUUACUAAGAACAUGAGCCAUCUCAUGACUGUGAUGAAAGCCGUCAAGAAAUUCAAGAGACUCACAGAUCCCACCAAACCACAAACUCCUAUACAAAGCAUUUUUGGUGGGAGUAUCCUAGGCGGGGACAGCGAGGCUUACUUUGUCGAACCGCCAAUGGAAAUGGAUCCAGAUGAACCAUUCCCAGCAGUGGGAGGGGAACAACAGGUACCUAACACUCAUGGUCUGCGUGCGGGCAUGCGCAAGGCCUUCGGCCGGCGUCCUUUUGCCGGGUUACGGAACCAUUCCGGAGCAUUCGGGUCGAGCGACUCGGCUAGUAUUUCCUCUCGACCGGAGCAUAGUCCUGGCAGCAGCCAAAGGCUCAGCGGCAUGUUCGAGCCUGAGCGAAAAGACUCCGGCUCCAUCCGCAGCGGGGAGUCCCCGGCCCAGCCGGAUAUCGGCAACGAGACUCCUUCCUACUCCCAAUCUGCAUCGCCUCAGAUUUCCCUAUCGCGCACAAGCUCAGCUACCACCAAGCGCAGCUUGGAGGGAACGAGGGGACAUGCUCGCGAUCCCUUAGAAGAAGAGUUCCCAUACCUCUUCAUUGGACCAUCUACAUAUACCGGGUCCUCACACCAGGAACCUAGCAACAUGGAAACAGGUAAUGAGCCAUCGUCUAUGUUUGAAGAACCGGAGAUCACAAUGGAUCGUUCCGACCAGAUGAAUGACGAUGAACCGGUACAAAUGGUCAGUGAGUCACCCGGUGCUGCAGAUUUCAACAUCUACGAGACGGCGUAUAGGAUGGAACUCGAGCGUAUCAAACACAGUCUAAAGGACCGCGAUACUGGCCCAAAGGUGUAUCUUACUCGCCGCAUCGAGAAGAAUAGUGCUGAAGUGAGGAGACUGGCCAAAGAGAAGGCGCUGGAUCUGCAGAUUGGACAGCGAUUUACCAUAUCAUCCCCCAGAGCACCUACGGCUUUCGGGUCUGCAGUUAGUGCGCUGCGCUCGCAGAUGCUAGAGAAGAGAAGAGCCGAGGAGGCAGAGGAACAGGGUAAUGGAGAUGGUAAUGCAACAAAAGAGAAUGGUGGCUCUGGGAAUCAAGAACCUCAUCCUCACCCACCAAAACGCAUGUCGAUUCCAUCCCAGUCUAUCCCCGAGCCUGAGCGGUCUUCUCUAGAGGCCACAGGUGUGUCGUCUACGGAGGGAGGCGGCGAUUCCAAGGUACACCUACGCCGACUCCUUGAUCGGGUUCGCAGUAAGACUGACAGUGUGGAGUGA